AUGGCCGAAUCCGAGGGAGGCCGCCGCCCGCGACGUGCCGCGGCGAAAGCCGCGCUGCUCGCGAACCAGCACCAGAGCGCGCCCAGCGCGAUGCACUACGUCGGCUACGUCGAGGAGGAGGAGACCCCGGAGAUGAUCAUGCAAAAGUUCGCGCAGCUGGAGAAGAUCCAGGAGGAAGCCGCGGCCGCGAAGGAGGCCGCCGCGACCGCGAAAGCCGCCGCCGCCGCGGAGGCGGGCGAUGACGCGCCCAUCGACGACGACGCGACGAACGACUCGAACGCGAAGAACGACGACGACGGCUUCGACGAGGAGAUGCUCCUCAAGGUGUUCAAGCAGACGUCGCAGUUCAGCAUGAAAAAGGCGCUCGCGGAGGAGCUCUUCUUCGACGGCGACGCGAUGGACCACGAGGACGACCUGUGGGACGACGAGGCUGGCGGGUGGGAUCUGAACGACAUCUUCGGCAAGGCGAAGCGCAAGGCGUCGAGAAUAGCGCGCGGGCCGCGAGAGCCGCGAGCGCCCAAGGCCCAAAAGUCGCACAUGAUCACCGCGUACAACAGUGACAAUCAGGCGCGUUCUGUACACUGGUCCCCAUACGACCGCGUCGGCGUGGUGAACGCCGUUCCUUAA